AUGCGAGACGCUUCCUCUGCGCCCUUAUCCAGGCGCGACGCUGUUUCCGCUCCUCUGUCAUUGCGCGAGGCCACCCCGUUGUCCCUGAGGAACGCUGUCCCCCUCUCUCUUCGGGACUCCGCUCCCCUGUCCCGUCGCGACGCAGCCUCAUCAGCACCCCUCUCCCUCCGCGACACCUCUUCCGCCCCGCUCUCGCUCCGGGACACGGCUGCUGCUGCUGCUGCUGCGGCUGCGGCGCCCCUCUCUCUGAGGGCUGCUUCUCCCGUCCCGCUCUCCCGCCGCGACGCCGCCCCAGCUCCUCCCCUCCUCGCCCGCCGCGCCGACGCCGGCCCCGCCCCCAACGCCCUCUACGUCCGCUCCGGCGUCCAAGUCUCCUCCGACCACGUCCUGCGCUACCUGCGCUCGCGCAACCUCAUCAGCUGGAUCCCGUCCGGCGCCGGCUUCCACGUCGACAUUGCGGCGCCGCUCUGGGAGCUCGGGCUCGCCGGCGCCGCGCGCCGCAAGCGCUCGUACGCGCCCAUGCCGGCGAAGCGCGCGAUUCGUCUCGUCGACGUCGACACCGCUGCUGUUGGCAGGUCUUCGGUUGCGUGCUACGCGCAGGAGGUAAGCGUGUCGGCGAAGCGCCUGCAGCAGGUGGCGGAGGAUGCUUGCAAGGCGCUUGCGGAGCCGAUGGUGGGAGACGUGGAGUUCAGGAUGUGGGAGGUCAAGGUUGAUGUGGAGGGUGAGCGGGGGGGUGCGUCGCACUUGCGUGUUGGUGUGCAGGUGCUUGGCGGUGGUGGGCUGGGUGGUGAUGUGGCGGCGUGCCGUGCGACGCUGGCUGCUGUGGGAGAGGCCUGCGGUGCUGGCAGUGGUAGUGUCGCUAGCGGCGAUGUGCUGGUUGAUGGCCGCUUCUUGCUCUCGGUGGAUCCGGUUCGCGUGCUUUACUGA